AAAAAAAGAAAAAAGAAUUAGAUCUCAAAUCAAAUUUUCAACAUCUGCAUUGCUCUUUUUCCUUAACGCCUUUUGUACCAUUCCGACAAUGUAUGACCAAAAACUCAUCAGCACUCACCAUUAAUGACUAUAGUCCAAUUUAAUCAAUUAUAUCUUAAACCACAGCCCAUGUGCCUAUGAUGAUUCCCCCUUAAUCACUCUCAAAAGUUGCCAUACUCUCUCUUCAAUCUCUCUCUCUCUCUCUCUCUCUCUCUCUCUCUCCUUGUGAGGAUGCCGAUGGGAAGAACUUUAGUGCUCUCACUAGCCUUCAUGACCCUAUGGAUCGGAUUAGCAGUUGCAGAUUGGAACAUUUUGAAUCAAAGAAAGAGGAAUGUGUUUGGCGCAAGCUUGAAGAAUUACUGUGAGAGUUGGAGAAUUAAUGUUGAGUUAAACAACAUUAAAGAGUUUGAUGUUGUCCCCCAGGAAUGUAUUGAGUACAUUGGAAAAUACAUGACUUCAACCCAGUACAAGGCGGACAUAGAGAGGGCCAUUGAAGAAUCUUCACUGUAUCUGAGUAGCUGCUGUUCUUUAAACGGUAAUGGUAAAGAUUCAUGGAUCUUUGAUGUUGAUGACACUCUCUUAUCAACUGUGCCCUAUUUCAAGAGACACAACUUUGGGGGAGAGAAGCUGAAUAUUACCUCUUUGGAAGGAUGGAUGAGAGAAGCUAAAGCACCAGCACUUGAGCAUACACUGAGACUCUUCGACGAGAUCAAAAGCAGAGGGAUUAAGAUCUUUUUGAUUUCCUCAAGAAGAGAAUGUCUGAGAGAUGCCACUGUUGACAAUCUCAUCAAGGUUGGAUACCAUGGAUGGACUAGUCUCAUAUUAAGGGGUCUCAACGACGAAUAUAAACAAGUGCACAACUACAAAGCCGAGGCAAGGAAACAAUUGGUUAAUGAAGGGAACGACAUUUGGGGCAUCGUUGGAGACCAAUGGAGCAGUUUUGAUGGAUCCCCAAGUGCAAGAAGAACAUUUAAGCUUCCAAAUUCCUUGUACUACGUUUCCUGAAGCUCAAAAUCUACAGCAGACAAGUUACUAUUUAACAAGCUUCCAGUGAUGGUGGUUAUAUUGUUGCAAUUUCUAUGCUGGUGUGCAUUGCUUUGUAACUGAUGAAAAAUCUUCUACCUCUAAAGAAUUUGUUUGAAUGUGUUUGAACCACUCUCAUCAAAUUGAUAUUAAUGCACAACUCUCUCUCUCUCUCUCCCCCAAAAGAAUGUAAAUGGGAAGAAACAUACUGUUCUUACAAUCUAUCAUAAGGCAGUACAUUGGUUUGUGAAAUUGUGCUCUUCUUGCUUGG